AUGCUUUUGGGUAUCACAGUUUUAUUAGUCAUAGGUGCUUUGCAUGGCUUGUUGGAUGCUUUGGUUGUUGGUUGGUCCUGCAGGUCGCAGGCUGAGUCUCUUGUCCACGGUUCCUGCGGGCCAGCCCACCGUGAGGACUGGGAGACUGGCCCGGCGUCCGUCGCACUUUUUCGCUAUCUGAUUCUGAAGUCCGCCUUGCUUGCAGGCUCCGUGAAGGCGGAGGACCCAGAGAGCCCAGAGACUGGCGGCCGAGACCGCGGAGUGGACGAGGACGGCCAUCCCGGAGGAGAGGGCCCCGUCCCGGCGGAGACCCCGCAGCUGGUCAUCAGCGGCACCUUCUCGCUGGCUGGCCCGGCCGGCGGUGCGGGGCAGGUGGAGCAGGCCUCGCGGCGGCAGCGAGGCGGGAAGGCGCGGCUCGCGUACAAGUGCGGGGAGUGCGGCAAGAGUUUCCUGGCCGAGGCGGACCUGCGGAAGCACCUGGCGGGGCACUCCAAGGCGGGGCGGCACGCGUGCGGAGUGUGCGGCAAGCUGUGGACUUCGGCUGUGGAUCUGCAGAGGCACGCAAGGAUCCACACCGGGGAGAGGCCGUACCAGUGUGACGAGUGUGGGAAGAAGUUUAACCGGGAAAGCAAUCUCACUGUGCACAAGAGGAUUCAUACUGGGGAGAAGCCUUUCGAGUGUCACGAGUGCAAGAAGAAGUUCUCCCAUAAAAAUGUUCUAAUCGCACACAAGCGCACUCACACUGGAGCGAAGCCGUACGAGUGUGACGUGUGUGCGAUGAAGUUCAGUCAUGGAGCUUCCGUCGCUAGACACAUGCGGAUUCACACUGGAGAGAAGCCUUACGUGUGCAAGGUUUGCGGGAAGAAGUUUCGACAGCAGUCAGCACUACGCAGGCACGAGUCCAUUCAUUAGGGACAGUAGUUCAGUGUGAAGUAGUGCAAGUGCGGCGUUUGUGAUAAGCUGUGAGGCGCUGGUCACUUUCGCUUUGACGCGGCGGAGAGGACUUUUGAAUGCGACGGGGCCAGGAAGUAGUCACAUCGUCACGCUCGCAAGCGCACCGUUCCGCGAGUGCAGUUCAAACAUUUUGUUUAUGAUUAUUUUCUGAAAGCGGUCAAAUGGUUUUCUUUUGUAAUGUUGAGCCACACAUCCGCUGACCUCGUUAGACACUGAACU